AUGGCCGAUGGAGCAUCCUCACCGCCUCUCAUCCGCCCGCCCACGGAGAACCAACUUGCAAAAGAUCUUCCAGGUCCUACCGUUUUCGUUACUGGUCAUGCUGACGACGGCACGGCCGUGUUACACUCACGUCGGCCGGUGAAGUGGGCCACAUACGAAGAAGGCGAAAUGCAAAUGUCUGUCGGCUGGACCACGGCGUCAUUCCCAUGUGACCUCAGCGACGAUCGCGAUAUUGCCGCCCAUGAUUUGCGCAUGGCCCAAGGCCCUGGAGCAACAGGUCUGGUUGUGGGUGGCGGGACCGUGUUGAGAUACGUGGAUUUUGCCCCGGGAUAUGUGUGCAUGAUGCACAGGACAGUGUCUGUGGACUACGGUAUUGUAUUGGAGGGUCGGGUGGUGAGCGAGCUGGACUCGGGCCAGACAGCUGUACUGGAGCGUGGCGAUGUCAUGGUGCAGCGAGCAACGAUGCACGCAUGGCGCAACCCGAGCAAGACGGAGUGGGCGCGCAUGAUAUUUUGCCUACAAGGUUGUGAAGCGCCACGUACCAGAGAUGGCCAAGUGCUCAAAGAAGACCUGGGACGAGGCACGGAGGGUAUUCCUGCUUCCGGUGCAGACGAGUAG